CGAACAGUCGUGCGCAUGCGCAAAUCUCAUGCGGCGCAGACGGCGAGCGAGCGAGAGGGGGCGGAGUCACAGAGCAGCGAGUCACGUAGCUUAACAAGGCUAGCAGCGGAGAUCAGCAGAUCAUGGAUAUGAGCAGCAGUGAGUGUUUUGGAUGUGGUCGCUCAGGACACUGGGUGAAGAACUGCCCCAAUGCGGGGCGGGGCCGUGGGCGGGGCAGAGGUCGAGGAAAAGAUCUGUUCUGUUACCGCUGUGGAGAGCAGGGACACAUCGCCCGUGACUGCGAACAGACUGAGGAUGCGUGUUAUAACUGCCACCGGAGCGGGCACAUUUCCCGGGACUGUAAGGAGCCGAAGAAGGAGCGCGAGCAGUGCUGCUAUAACUGCGGUAAAGCCGGACACGUGGCCCGAGAUUGUGACCAUGCCAACGAGCAGAAGUGUUACUCCUGCGGUGGAUUCGGACACAUCCAGAAACUUUGUGACAAAGUCAAGUGCUACCGGUGCGGUGAGAUCGGCCACGUGGCGGUGCAGUGCAGUAAGGCGAGCGAGGUGAACUGCUACAACUGCGGGAAGACGGGUCACCUGGCGCGGGAGUGCACCAUCGAGGCCUCGGCGUAAACAUGCCCCGCCCCCUUCAUCGGCCCCUCCUUUUCCACAUUGAUGGUUGUAUUAUUUUCUGGGAAUAUUUUCUCUUCAUUGGCUAAAGGUGGGCAGACGGAGGCUUGUCCCGCCCCGUGAGCUGCUCGACAUGUUUAAAGAAAAAAAAAUUAAGAAAGAAGGGGUUUAAAAAAAUCUUUCUGCAUUCAGUAUCAGAUGUGUGUUUGGUUCAGGUAGAGGUGUUGUGUAAGAAUAUAAUGCUUUGUUUAAAAAUAAUAAAAUGAAUAAAACCCCCUUGACCGCGCCCUCGUGACAACGGACGUGCGGAGCGCGGCGUGUUUAUGUUGGGACCUCACGGCACGCGCUCGCUUCACGUGAGCCUUCAAGAGACGGCAGAUGGGAAAGCCUCGACUUCUGCGUACGGAUUUGUGUUUAGGAUAAAAUCAGCAGGAAAUAAUGAGUUUGCUUAAAGGGUGUGAUGGCGAAAAUGUAUACAAACACUUACACAUAUACACACUUUAAGCGCUACCUUAUGAGGAAAUGUUCUAUUAAUAACUCAUAACAGAAUUCUGAAUUACUGAGGAAUCGUCUCUUUUUCUUUGACUUUAUUUUGAAAUGAUUUUUUUUUUGGCUUAUAAACGCCUGAAAAGAUUCCAAAACUAUAAUUUUAGUCAAUUCUGUCUUAAAUUAUCAAGACCAGUAAGCUUGUGGAUUUAUCAGUAAUUUGCAAAAGGAAAAAUGUUUUCACAGAAAUCAAAUAUUAUUUUUGUACAAUAUCACUUGGACUACUGUAAAAUAAAACCAUUUUGCUUGUACUCUGUUUUUAAGUCAGAAGGAAAAGAUGCAACUGAAGUCCUAUAAACAUAGAAAAUGUAAUUUUAAACUAUCAAUAAAGCUGGAGGAGGAUCGGGA